GCUACCACAAUACUAAUCUGUUUGCUCGGGCCAAAUGCUGAACGUUUUACAAACCGCUAAGGAACUGAAUGGACUUCGUACCGAGAUUGUACUGCAAGAGUUUGCGGAUCGUAUCCUCCUGCUUAUUAGCCAGAAGGGCAAAGUUGGCAAUUUGAUUCAAACAUCGAUACCCUCAACAACACCUUUAAUACCUGCUCCUCCUCCAGAUGCAUCAAACCCCAACCCACUUCCUCCUCCUCCGCCUGCCGUCCAACUCACCCCGCUCUUAGGCAGCGGCCCCUCAGAACACAUGCAAGCUUUACAUUCGAUCUAUGCAGCCCAGGCAGCUACUAUCAUAUGGAAUUUCGAAGAUCAGCUACCGUUGAAGUUCUAUCGGCGUAAUGUCAUCGUUGGUCUUGCGUUGCAAUCGUCUGGGGGUGAUACCUUGUCGGGGCUGAGUGAUGGCGAGAGAGAGGAGUUUCAUGCAGUGAUGAACAUGCUCCAGACACUGCUAAGUUCAGCAAAACUGGAUUGAUAUCGUACAUCCAAAGAUUGGCGGUCACAUUCAGUAGACGAAAAAUAUCAAACAAUGCCAGAGCCCGAACAACGUUGGUACGGGGUCAUCAGAGAUUAGGUGCGAGUCGAUGUUAGUCCUCAGCACAAGGGUCCAGUGGGUACAGACGAGAAUAAUACAGGUAUCAAUCACCUUACUAUUGGUCUUAUUCGAAUUAACCCCUUUACGCGACUCGAGAAGUAAUUAAUGAUCGCAAUCGUUGUCUGGAGUAUUACUUCCAAGCCAGCCCAUAUAUAUGAAAAUUUU